AUGUCUGCGGAACCAAUAGAUGAUCCUAUGGACACAUCUCCAGCGAACUCAGCUUUGGAUGGAAAUGCGCACGAAUUACUCCAAAUUCAAGAAAUUGUGAUGGAAGAAAGUCUUAAUCCUGUUUCUACCGAUAUAAUUAAACCGUCAACGGCAAAACAAAAUGAACCAGCUCGCGAUGAGGAUAAUGAGGAGACAAUUCUUGUUUACACUCCCGCAAUUGACGUAGAAACUAUUCCAGCUUUAUAUUCUCAACUCGGAAUUCUCCAACGUCUUGAAUUUAUCAUUAAAGUUUGCCCACCUCUCAAGCAAGAUGCGAUUAUUACUCUCAUUAAUUAUAUCAGAGAGAAUACUCAAAAUUCGGUCAGAUAUACUUCUUUGCACAAAGAAUUGGAGGAUCAUAUUAAAAUUAAUGGAUUUUCAUCAAAUCUUUCUAAGCCGAAAUAUGAUUCUAACUGGGUAAUGGACACAAAUGCUAUUGUUAAUAGUCGUCGCGAUUCCGCUCUUUCGGACUAUAAAAAAUUUAAAGACGAAGGAGUGAAGGAAUCAACACGGCGCGCGAUUGAGGAACUUUUCCAACAUUAUAUGAGAACUGGAGAAAUCGAUGAGGCAUUGAAGUUAUACGGUCGAGGUGUUCGCGACUACUGUACGCAGCUAAAACACGUCAUCAACAUGUAUUCAAAUUGGAUUGAAAUCUCGAUUGCCGAUGGUGAUUGGGCCAGAGUUGAUUCAAUGACUUUUCAGGCUCUUCGCAGUCUCAAUGAUGCUGAAGAAGCUGAAAAGACAAAUAACGGAAGGCAAGAUCAAAGCGCGUUUAUGAUGGACAGAGAUAAUAUGACUCAUUCUAGCAGUGUACAGAGUAAUCGUGUUCUUAUUGACUCCGCUAUGGCUCGGGUUUAUGCUGCCCAAGCUCUUGUUCGACUCCGCCAGCAAAAAUACAAAUCUGCCGCCGAAAGAAUAUUGGAGCUUAAAGUCGAUCAUUUACCGGAUAGAUGGUUUGUGAGUAAUGCCGAUCUUGGAAUAUACUGCGUUCUUUGCUGUAUUGCAACUUUUAAAAGAUCCGAACUGAAAAAGAAAAUGUCAGAGGAUGGCGUUUAUCGCAAACUUCUUGAAUCUGAACCUCAAUUCUUGGAGCUUCUGCGCUGCUAUACAAGCAGCCAAUUUGGAAAAUGUUUCGAAAUUAUGAACUCCGUUUCCGAUAGACUCCAUCUGGAUCCGUAUAUAUCGCAAAAUGUUAAUGAUUUGUACACAUUGGUCCGAAAACGCUGUGUUGUUCAGUAUUUGAUUCCAUAUUCGAACAUCAGUUUCAAUACUAUUAUGAAGGAUUUACAAUUCACACAAGAAGAGGUGGAACGCAUUGUGGUUGAACUCAUUGAAUCAGGAGAAAUAGAAUAUCGUAUCGAUCAAGCCAAAGGACUUCUUCGAGCCAUUAACAAGAAUGAUAAAAAUGCGACCAGCGCAACGUAUGCUUAG